UUUAGGAAGACGCGCACGCCAGCAGAGGAGCGACCCCUCCUCUUUCCAGCCCGACCAACUGAGCGUCCAAUUGCGGCUUCAUACAAACGAUGGAGAUUUUAUGUAACGGUAGUUAACGAAGUGACUCUCCAGGAGUCGUUGAACAUCCCCGCGUAUGACUUGCGUUGACGCUGUCCGGUCUCAGUGAUUGUGGAGCAGACAAAGCUUACGCCAUCGGCGCUGUCUCCCGCUGCCACCUCUGCCAUGCGUGUCCUUCAUCUUUCAGUACUUCUGGUCGCGCUGGCCGUGGGGGCGCAACAGCGACUGCUCCCCGGUUCCUGCGGCUUUGAGCAAGGCGCUUGCGGCUACACCUCUGAUCCGGCGUACGCGCCGUGGACUGUCAACGACGAAGGUCGCUUCAUAAUGGCAGACUCCUCGUUUAUGGAGGAGACUGACAAGGCCAUUCUAGUGAGCCCUGAUUUGGAAAUAUUUGAGUGGAGCUGCUUGCGUCUGGUCUACCAAAUCACUGGGAUGGGCUCACUCCUGGUCCACUUACGCCCCGACAGCGAGAACUUUGACUACGUGCUGUGGUCUGCGGACAAAUCUUCGGACAGCUGGCUGAUAGCGAACGUAGACCUGCGUAACAUUUCUGGCACCUACCAGCUUUUAAUGGAGGCCCAACCCAGCCAAAGACCAGGAAACAGCAUUGCUAUCUUUGAAAUUCAUAUCAUCCCUGGCUAUUGUAUAGAGUGCAACUUUGAGGAGCACCAUUUGUGUGGCUACAGCAACCAGUGGAACCCCAACGUGAACUGGUACGUGGGAGCCAGGCUUGCUCAAGACCUUCAGUCCGACCUCCCAGACGACCACACUAUGAACAACGAGAAAGGUCACUACAUGUAUGUGGACUCCAUUUAUGUUAAGAAGUUCCAGGAGGUAGCCAAGCUUGUGUCACCCAUGACCACCACGCCCAUGGCGGGCUGCUUGUCCUUCUACUAUCAGAGGAACCAGGCCAGGGGGAACUUUUUCUCCGUCUUCACCAGGGACCCACUGGGCCACUACGAGGAGAUCUGGAGGCCGGAUGUGUACGCCACCUCCACCUGGAAACUGGUCCAAGUGGAUAUUCGGGCAUACCACCCCUUAGAGGUGGUGUACGAGGUCGCGUUUAACAGUGCUAGCGGUGGCUAUGUGGCCGUGGAUGACAUUGCCUUUUCUCCUGAGUUCUGCCACACGGAAACAGAGCCGACCUUCGACCCCUCCGUGGCAAACUGCGACUUUGAGGAGAGUCUGUGUCAGUACUACCAAGAACACACUGGGAUGUCUGUUUGGAACCGAGUCACUGUGAGGCCAAACGCGUACAGGAUCGGAGACCACACUACUGGAUCUGGUUUCUUCCUCAUGGCCCACACGCAUUUCACCUCAGGCCCGGGCUACAUGGGCCGUCUGCACGCUCCCUUCCUGCCAGGGAACCACAAGUACUGCCUGAGGUUUCACUAUGCUCUGUCUGGUUUCUGGAAGAUUGACAAUACUCUUUCCCUGUACAUCUACGACGAGAAUAAUGUCGCUCAGGAAAGAAUCUGGACCGUGUCGGAGAGCUCCAGAGAUGUGUGGACCGAGGUGGACAUCACUUAUCAGAAACCCAUGUCCACUAAGAUAGUGUUUGUCAGUAUCUGCAGGAACUUCUGGGACUGUGGCAUUGUUGCCCUUGACGAUGUCACCGUGACCCUUGGGGAUUGUCGCAUCACAGCAGGACCUCUGCGACCUGCACCAGGACACUGUUACUUUGAGACAGGCGACUGCGGCUAUACUCAGGAAAAUGAGAAAAAGAGAGACAACUGGAUACGGCUCAGGGGACAGACACCCACCUCCUACACGGGUCCCAGGGGCGACCACACCUUAGGGGUAGGGCACUUCAUGUACAUCGAGGCGUCACACAUGUUACCUGGGCACUCAUCACAGCUGGCAUCCCCAGAGCUGCGUGGCUCGAGCAGGCUGCAGUGCCUGACCUUCUUCUACCACAUGUACGGCUCAGGCACGGGUGUCCUGAGUGUGUUCCUCCGACAGGCAGAUGGGACUAAGGACAGGCUUCUCUGGCAGAGGCAUGGGGAGCAGAGCAUCUCCUGGAUGAAGGCCAUGGUGGACUAUGAUUGUUUUAGCAGGCACAAAAUCAUAUUUGAAGCCGUCAGAGGGCCUUCAAUAAGAAGCGACAUCGCUCUUGAUGACAUCGUGUUCAGAAAAGGACCCUGCCAGGAUCCUGGAGACAGCAUCUCAUACUCGGGCUUCUCGGAAAACUUCAAUGAGAUUGAAUACUAAGCAGAUCACUGGAAUAUCAAUGUAUGUUUGUAUCUGCUGUGUGUUUCUGGGAUGUGGGUUUGCAUUGGACAUUGUGGAGAGAGAUGUUUUCACUAUGCAUGGUGGCAGAGAGAUUUUGUUGUUUCUCAUAGGAGAUAAUGUCAUUCUUUUAGAAAUUUUUUUUGGAAGCCAAGGGAACAGCAUGAGAACUGUUUUAUUUUAUAUGUCUUGCUUAGUGGUUAUCAAAUUCAGAAUGCUUUAUUUUGAAUUUUCUGUGUUCUUUGACGUUACCCAGCAUCCUGCCUUUACCAGUCCUGAGGUGCCUGAUAGAGGUAUGGUACUGCUGGGAUAAAAGCUUUGUUUGAAAAUCACAGACAACCUAAGAACUACACUUAUUAGACGUGGACACUGUAUUUCUGCAGAACAUAAAUGAAUGGUUUACCAUUUUUGUAUGAUCACUGAUCAAGUCAGUUCAUUGAUUUUGAUUUACAAGGUCAAUUUACAAGUUUUAUAUAUAUAAAACAUUUUUGUUUGAUUUUGAUAAGUUUAUGGUUUGUAACAUUUGUAUGUGACUUCAUUAAGUAAACACUUUAUGGAAUCUCUUAAGUAAACUUAUAAAUAUUCA